CUGACAGUACUGCCGUAUUAGUUUAGCGUUUUAGAGUAAUCAAAGAUAAAAAUAUUCAUAAAUAAAGUUCACAAUAAAUAAUUUAAAAAUUAUUUAUUAAUUAUAGUAAAAAAUAUUCAAUUUAAUACAUAAUGGAUGUUUUUUUAAUGAUAAGAAGGAAGAAAACAACAAUUUUCACCGACGCUAAAGAUAAUACGACAGUAUUAGAACUUAAAAAAAUAAUUGAAGGUAUUUUAAAAAUUCCUCCAACGAAUCAACAACUAUUUAAUAAAGAUCACAUAGAGAUGUUAGAUGGUAAAUCGUUGUCUGAUUAUGGCUUAACAUCAGCUACGGCAAAAGCACAGUGUCCAGCAUUAGUGGGGCUAUCUUUACGUCAAGAAAAUGGACAUUUUGAACCCCUUGACAUUACUCCAUAUUCAGUACCUCCUGAUUUGCCUGAUGUCAUGAAGUCACAAGAAGCGAAUGGUCAAGAGCAAUCACCUUGAAAGUUUCAUUUCUCCAAAGUUAAUCAGUGACUGAUACGUGAUCGCUGCUAGUACUAGCAACGAGCUCUCUAAAUUGAAAAUUGCAAUUUAAAUAAAGUUAUAAUCUGUAAAA